AUGGCCGAUGCGCCGAGUGAGAUUCGGGGGCAGCUUCUCAGCUCGGGCGGAAAAGCUUCCGGUGAGGUGCUGGUGUCUUCUGUUGGGCUCAGCUUUUGGGGUGGCGUGUCCCCGAAGACCGGCGCCAUCAUCGAUCGCCACCACCCUCUGCAUGGGCGCAGUCUGCGGGACAAGAUCCUUGUCCUGCCGGGUGGACGAGGCUCCUGUACGGGCAGCCAGGUGAUACUGGAGCUGCUCCUCAACGGCAACGGGCCUGCUGCCAUAGUUUUGCGGGACCCGGAUGAGAUCAUCGCUCUCGGUGCUAUCGUGGCAGAAGAGAUGUUUGACGUUCGAUUGCCGGUGAUGAGCGUGGGGGAUGCCGGCUUCGCUCGCUUGCUAUCCUCGCAUGCUGGACGCGCCAUCCUGGAAGAUGGUUCGUUGUUCCUGGGGCAGACCGGCACAGGGGGCAAAGCUCCAGCAAAGCCGAGAUUCCCAAGCGACGAGGUGGAGCUCAGUGCAGACGAUCAGAGCAUGUUAGAGGGAGUCGAGGGCCCUGCGAGACAAGCCGCGAUGCGCUGGAUGCUCAGCGAUGCGAAGGCAUGCAGCAUAUGUUGCACUGGUUUUCCCAUGGUGUUGGGCCGAGGCAUCAUCUGCCGCAUGGCCAGGGUACAGGGGGUGAAGGACUUGAUCAGUGUCAGCCAGUCACACAUCGAUGGCUGCACUUACGUCGGCCCUGCGAGCCUGCAGUUUGCAGAGAAGCUUCGGAGUUGGGAUGCAGAGGUCCGUGUCCCGACAACUCUGAAUGCCAUCUCUGUGGACAGACUGAACUGGCGGAUGCUUGGCGUCCCGGCAGAUUCGGGAGAGCCGGCGGAGGCUCUCGCGAACGCCUACCUCGCGAUGGGCGCUGCGCCGAGCUUUACGUGUGCGCCCUACCUGUUGGAGAACGCCCCGCGACUAGGGGAGCAGAUUGGAUGGGGGGAAUCCAAUGCUGUGGUCUUUGCCAACAGCAUUUUGGGAGCACGAACCCAGAAGUACGCGGACUUUCUGGAUGCCUGUGUCGCGAUUACCGGCCGAGCACCUCGGGCUGGCUGUCAUGUUGACGGGGACCGGAAGCCGGAGGUCAUCCUGGCAGUCCCGGAGCUGGAUCCAGGCCAGCUGGACGACGCUUUUUAUCCUACCUUGGGAUACCUUUGUGGCCUGCGAUCUCCCCACUCAGUGCCGGCCAUCACGGGCCUGGAACACUUGGCACCGACGCGGGAUGAUUUGAAGGCCUUCUGCACGGCAUUUGGAACCAGCUCCUCCGCGGCGAUGUUCCACCUCGUGGGCCUGACUCCCGAGGCACGCGACCUGCAAAGUGUGCUCCCGGAAAGGCAGCUGGAGGUCAUACAACUUGGGCAGGAUGACCUCAAGUCUGCGUGGACAGACCUCGAUGCCGACGCCGAUGAGAGUGCAGUUGACCUCGUGGCGCUUGGGAAUCCGCAUUUCUCGCUGGAAGAGCACCGACGCCUUGCCGAGCUGUGCCGGGGACGCGAGAAGCAUCCCCUUGUGGCGGUGGUCCUCACUGCCGGCCCGCAGGUUCUGGCCCAAGCGCGUGAACGAGGAUACUCAGCGACUCUUGAGGAGUUUGGUGUUCAACUGGUCAGUGACACCUGCUGGUGCAUGUUGGGAGAGGUAGUGCCAGCACCGGCCUCUGUGCUCCCUGCCUCAAGCCGAGUGCUGAUGACAAAUUCGGCCAAGUAUGCGCACUACGCUCCAGGCCUGGUUGGUCGCAAGGUUCGCUUUGGUUCACUGGCCGGUUGUGUUGAUGCUGCCUGUGGACGCACAGUCGGUGCUGCAAAGCCUGCCUGGCUGAUACCAGGAGGCCUGCAGUCUCGGACAAGAGCUUGCCUUGCCUGGGCAGCAAACCGGGGGAACGGCUCGUUGCAGGUGCCUAGCGAUGACUGGAUCAGGGAAGCAGAAGCACGGCACGAACGAGCUUCACAGUCGUGCCUGCGUGUGCAGGAGCAGGUUCAUGCGCUGGUGGACUUCUUGGCGCAGGAGCAUGUCCGGCAGCCCCAAGGCCGAGAAGGCCCGCGGGAGAAGGAGAUCCCUCGUGCGACGUCCGGCCACAAACCGAACCCACAAGCCGUUGCGAAACUGGCUCAGCACGCUGAACUUUCCGAAAAUCCGAUGCUCAGCGAGCGGUUAAGGCGGAUUUUCAGUCCCCCCUCACGGGGAAACUCUGUGGACAGCCCGCCGCGGGAAGACUUCGUAAGCGGGUGCGUGCGAGGUGAGGAAUAUGGCACGGCACAGGCAGUGAAGGUUGCUCCACCACCCACUGGAGCGGACGGUGCCACGCCACGUGACCGCGAGACACAGGCUGCCGAAAUGCGAAUAGGCAGCCAUUCUUCAUGUCGUGGGACUGGCCGAGUUGGCAGCAAGGGCUCAAUCACCCCAGGCCCAGCAACGGCACCGGCAACUCCGGCAGCAUCGCCUCAAGCUGGAGGCUUGGUGACACGAGCGGCACCUGCCACGGCUGCGCAGGCCAAGGCAUGGGUGCAGCGGGCCACGAGCGGACACACCACUCCCACCGCUCCGGUUUUGAGGCAAGUGACUGGAGGAAUUCCUGGUGCUCCUGCUCUGACUAUGGUCACCCCACAGUUUGGGCAGCAUGCGGUCUUUGUGGCCAAGCCGGCCAACACCCCAAUCGUGGCUGUUGCCUCGACACAGCCACCAAUGAGAUGCCAGCGGAUGUCAUCGUCAUCGCCCAAUGAACAGCCAGCCCGCAACAAAAGGGUGAGCGCGCCGGCUCAUCUUGUGCAGGUUGCAUGCGACCCGCGACUGCCGAAGCAAACGCCGUUUGCGGCCCAGGUGCCACAGCCUUUGCCGCUGCCUCCGGGAUCAACCGGUCCCAGAGCGCAGUACGACCUGUAG